AUGGGGGACAAUGUACUAGCUCCGACUCGAGCCCUCGAUGUGAGGCAAAUCGAUACGGCAACCGCCCCGAUGGGCCCUAUCCUGGCACCAACUGCCACACAGGCCCCAGAUGGAAACUCAUUGGCGCUUGACACAGGUUCAUUUACUCGCCCGACAUCGACGGUUGCCUCAUCGAGCACCACAAGCUCAACGACUUCGGCAUCGGCAACCUCAACAUCGGACUCAUCCUCAUCUGGUAGUGAUAGUGGCAGUGGUGGGACGAGCGCGGGAGUGAAGGCUGGAAUUGCGUUCGGUGUUCUUGGUGGUGUGCUUUUGAUCGCUGCUCUGAUUUACUUCAUCAUCACGUCACGGAAGAAGGAUAAGAAGAAGCAGGCCAAGAGCCAAAGCGUUGAGAAGGGCGAGGAGAAGCACAUCCCUCCUGCGCUUCCCAAGAAAGAUUCAGUUGCGGGUGACGCACCACAACUCAGCCUUCGACCCAUCACCGAGUUCUUCCCCGAGACUUCGCAAACCGACACCAAGACCAAAGACAUGGCGUUGGCUCCUGCUGCUGCUGCGAAUGCCAGCAACAAGCCUUUGCCGAGUGGCGGUAAUAAGCCUCUCCCUACCGGUCGUUCUUCACCCCUGCCUAACCCAUUUGAUCGUCCAGGAACGAGCAAUAGCGCUAUCUCUGCCAAUCCAUUCGGUUAUGGUGCUGAGCGACCUGUUUCUCCUAUGACUGACAGUGGAAGCGCCAUCUCUCCCAAUCCGUUUGCCAACGACGCUACUGAUCGCCCUGUCUCACCCAUCACCGAAGCAGACAAGAAGAGCGUCUACUCGAGAGCCCAGAGCCCUGACAGAGCGAUUGGCUCAACCAGAAAUACUGUUGGAUAUAGCACCACUCACGGAACCCGCGUUACCUCGACGCAUGUGGAUAUCGAGAAUAUUGAUCUUACCCUCCCGCCACCCUCUCGAGCUGGUGCUUCGAGCCCUACUGGAACUGAGUUUAGCAUGUCCGAGUUGGCUCCCGAUGCGACACCCCCUCUCACAAAUGGUGCGGCUGCUAUCGCAGCUGCUGGUGGGCCGCCUAACACAUCAGUCCAUCGCGUCCAGCUCGAUUUUAAGCCCACUCUUGAGGAUGAAUUGGAGCUUCGGGCUGGUGAGCUUGUUCGGUUACUUCAUGAAUAUGAUGAUGGAUGGGCCCUUUGUAUCAAGCUGGAUAGGAGCCGACAAGGAGUUUGCCCCAGGACCUGUCUUUCGACCCGUCCUGUGAAACCUCGCAACGCCCAGGGAGGCCAAAGCCCCAACUUCCCCUUCGCCAGCCCCGCUCGAGACCAGUCACCAAGGCGACCUAUGACUCCAAAGGGCGGCGCUGAUGCCAGGCCUGCGUCCCCGAACGUUUGGCCAUCUGUGCAGAACAGCGGACCAGGUCCCAGCCGCAUGAACCCGGCGAAUGAGGGCCGAGGAUCUUUGCCCGGAACUGCUCUUUGA